CCCAUGCACUAAUAUCACACGACACACCUUGUGAUUUCCAGCGCUCAAGUCAUGCCCCUUCCUCAGGUUCUACCUCCAUCAUCAUGGCCCCCAUCAUCCGACCAGCCACAAAAGCUGACCUGUCUGCCCUCUCCAACAUUUGCUUGCUCACCGCAAACGCGGGCACAUCAUCCGAGCACUUGCAUUCCCAUCCUGCCCUCCCAGGCCUUAUCUACGCUCUCCCCUACCUCAGCCUUGAAUCAACAUGGGGCUUUGUACUUGAAAAUGAUGGAGAAGUCGUAGGGUACACUCUCGGCGCCUUCGACACCCGCAAAUUCGAGGAGAGUGCAGAAGCGGGCUGGUGGCCCUCGCUCAGAGCCCGUUAUACACCCCUGCUGCAAGACUCUGACGCAGCCCUCACGCCUGCAGAUAAAGCUUAUAUCAACACCAUAAUCACCUUCCCAAGAGCAAGCGAUGCAAUGAUGGCGUUCGCACCUGCCCAUCUGCACAUCGAUAUUCUGCCAAGCCAUCAGCGGCAGGGAUGGGGGCGGAAGUUGAUCGCACGCGCGAUGGAGAAUUUGAAAGAAAAUGAUGUAAAGAGCGUUUGGUUGGGCAUGGAUCCAAAGAAUACAGAGGCGGCUGCGUUUUAUUCCCGAUUGGGUUUCAGGAAGUUCGAGGGCGCAGAGGAGGGCAUUAUGGGUAUCACAGUGCAUGAGUGGGAGGAGCAUACUGUUUAAGGUUCAACUGCGAAUACGUGACGGUUCUUGAUGACGCUGAUACUGGGCACUCUUAGUGAACAUUUCAAUUGUGGAGCUAAAUAUCCGAGAUGUGUGACAAGUUGAUCUAAGAAAUGAGCCUCAGCAUUAUGUGCGCAAAUCUGUGACCUACCCAUCCAAUAGCAAGUCAUGGACUUGAUCGUGACGAGUCCCCGUGCUUUGUGUAGUUAUUUGAGGGACAUCACCUUGGCGACUUAUGCACGAAAUCACUGCCCACACCCAACUAUUCGUAU